UUUUUUUUCCACUUAUCCUCCAACUUUGUAUCCAAUCACAAUAGCACUGAUAGAAAGGCACGUCUCUACAUGUCUUUUCCUUUACUGCUCCAACGACAAGGGGUACUACUACGAUCGUGGCACCGGAUCGCUCCUUCUCGAACAUUAUGUCGAACAUGUUUAUUAGCAAGACGACAACAACAUACCCUAGUCACCUCCUCCUCUAUGGUUCGCAGUAAAAAUGGAAGAACUCAGUUAUUAUAUUCAUCAACUUCUUCAUUCAUUCAACAAUUAUUACUACAACAACGAAGACGCGUUCACUUCAGUGUAUCGGAACCUGAUCCUAGAUUAGAAAAACUCAUUUCUCUCCUUCAACAUCCACCUCAACAACAACAACAACAACAGCAACAACAACAGCAACAACAACAACAACAACAACAGCAGCAACAACAACAGCAAUUUCACCAGCAUAUCAUUCGGCGUCGAAAAUAUAGAGUCAAGUUAGCUACAUUAUAUGAAGACAUUCGACAUGAUGAUCAAGUAUGGCGACAGUUAGAAAUGCAUCAGUUGAUGACUCUGUACUCGGCGUUACUACCCUCCAUUGCGGAUCCUUCAACAUCAAUAUUGACCAAGAAUGCACAGCAUGUAUUACAAGACAUUCAACAUCAUACCCCUCACAAAUUCAACAUGGUGCAUACCGAAGCGUUAUUAACCAACUUUAAAGACAAUGGACAAGUCAAGGAAGCAAUCGCCUUGAUGGAUUGGAUUCAUCACGAAUCACGACUGGAACCUUCUGCUACUGCUUAUGAACUGAUGAUCGCUACUUUGACUACAGCAUUGACAAGAACCACAAAACGAAGGCGGAAGGAAAUGAUGACGAUAGAUCAUAUGGCGUUGGCAUUAUAUUAUUGGGAACAGAUGGCAUCUUUGAAAAGGGCAACGAUGGAUCAAGCUAUGGGUUAUAUCAUGCAAGGUUAUUUGGCAAAAGGCGAUCUAAUGAAGGCAGCAACAUGGCUUACAUCACAUAGCAACAUCAACUCAAGUCACAAGCUACAAAAAUUGAUGGAACAGAAAGCAGCAAUCAGCAAUCAUGGUGGUGAAGAGGAUCAAAUUUGGGCAUUAGCAACAGUGGGAUAUGGAUUGGAUCAAUUGAUGCGACAGGUUAUACAACGGAAUUGGUUUCAAGACGCACGGCAACUUUAUCGACAGCAUUGUAUACUUUAUAAAAAACACUCAACUUUACUGGAACAUCAUCCUAUAAAGCAGGCUAUGGGCGGUCUGACACAAUUAGUACAUCGGUGUGUGGCAAUCAAGCAUUUGGGAAUGGUAGAACGCCUGUUGGAAGAUGCGAUUGAAUUAGGUCAUAGACAAGGAAUCAAAACAGUGGCACCUCUAUUAUUACAAUCUUAUUUGAACUCGGACAAUAUACGAUAUGCUAUGGACGUUUAUUUUCGACUGGAAAAACAACAACAACAGCAGAUGAAUGAUCCUAUAUUUUCGAUACAAGAAACAAACCCUCUUUUGCUUAAGGCUACCAAAGCGAAAUACCAGACGGACAUGUAUCGACUUUACCAAUCCUAUGUCAGUCUUUACCCCUCAGCUUUGACCCUCCAAACCUAUACCCGUGUUUUUCAAACUUUGAUUCGAACAAAACAAUACGACCAAGCUCGACAGGUAUAUCAAGAUAUCAUUCACAAAUUCAGCGAAUCCAACAACUUAUUGAUGUCAUCUCGUCCUGGUCAUGUCAAUCGAUUUUUACAUCUGGCUUAUUCCCUCUGUGCUCAAUUGGGUGAUGUUAAACUUUUCCAAUCCGUGGUGGCAUUACAACGAUUCACUGGUUCACACAAUUUACAUCAUCAUGCUUUGACAUCUUUGAUGGCUACCUAUAUCAAAUCUGGACAACUCACAUCUGCCAAAGCAGUAUUCGACCACUUGGCACACCAUUUACCUGAUCAUCAACAGCAACAUGAAUCACAUUCCACUUAUGAUUCCAGUGAUAACGAUAACGACAAUGAUGACAUCGAAAGCGGCAAUAACAACGACAGUGGACAUUUAGAUGAUACUCGGCCAAAUGUGGAUGUAGUGGACUUCAACUUACUGAUACGUACCAUUGGAAAGGAACAUGAUCGUUAUCAACAACAAAGUGAUGCUAACGACCAACUGGAACCAGUAGCCAAUCGAAUUUUGGAUGUAUUACGACAUAUGUCUAUGGUGGAUGUGCUUCCGGAUGUGACGACUCUACGGACAUUAUCUGAUUUAUAUCCUGAAGGAAGUGUAAUGGAAGAUGAAAUAUUUAUCAAGUUAUUGAACGAUCCGACAUCGACAAAACAUGAUGAUAUCUGGCUCAACAAUAUCAAACUCACCAAAUGUAUGUAUGUUGGUAACAACAACAACGUUGAUCGUGGAAAAGCGGCAGUGAAGGCGGCAUAUAUUUUUUUAUCGAACCAACGUAAUCAAUUGUUUUCAGCAGCAGGCGCGAACGAGCCCAUUCUGGCCAAUGGGAUGACAUACAAGCUUUUACUGGAUGGAUUGACACGACAUGCUAGAUUUGCAAAGCAGGCUCAACAAAUAUACGAUCAUAUGCGAUCUCGUGGAUGGCGACCUCCUGUCACGGUAUAUGAACAAAUGAUGGAUGUCUGGAUACGGAAAAAUAGACUCAACAAGGCUAUGAUGGUGAUGGAUCAAGCAUGUCAAGAUCUUGGUUUGGAAGUCGCUCCUACAAAAUGGUAUACUUUUAUUUUGGAUCGGUUGAUGCAACACAAAAAAUCUCAUUUAGCAGACAUUUGGGUACGAUUGAUCAAGGAUAGGCAAAUUGAUGUGGAUGAUAUAUUGGCUCAACGGUUGAUUCUUUAUGGUUUUGAUUCGUCUUCUCCUUCCUGCUCCUCCUCUUCAUCAUCAUCUUCUUCUACUACUAGUGUUACUACAUAAUUUAUUAUAUUCCCUCCCUUUUCUUUUAUAUUAUUAUUAUUAUCAUCAUCAUUCUCUUUUGUACAUUUUUUUUUCUCCUCUUUUCCCUCCCUUUAUAGAAAUAGACCCAUCUCCCAUACACCCUUUUUUAUAUAUACAUAUUCAUAUAUAUAUACACACAUAUCUCAAUAAAUAAUGAAUUCACAUUAUAUAUAUAUAUAUAUGUAUAUAGUUGAAUAAUACAAC